AUGUCAAUACAACAAGUUUUUAUCAUAAGCAGAGCUGGAAGUUUGAUUUACGAUUGGGAAGCCAAAUCAGAUGUGGCCGAAAUAGAAAGGAUAUGCGACUAUCCGCUAGAUAUUAUGUUGGAGGAAAUAGAUCAAAAGGCUGUAGUUGUUUUUGGAGAGAAAGACGGCAUCAAGCUAAGAUAUUAUGUCACUGGUGCUAAUGGUUUCAAAGUUUCUGGUACAAAAUUCUUUGUGGAUGGAGUUGAACAUAGUAUUUUCAAGUAUUUGGAGGAUGAAGCAAAUUAUCCAGUAAGCAUAAGGUUUUCACCUCCGUCUGUAUCAACAAAUGAGAAAAUCAUAUUAUCAUCCAUGUUUCAUUCCUUGUUCACAAUUGCAGUCCAACUAAGUCCAGCCGCCAGGAGCUCUGGAAUCGAGGUUAUGGAAACUACUCAAUUUCGUCUUUCUUGCUUACAAAGUCGAACAGGCGUUAAAUUCGUUGUUGUGACCACCCCAUCCACCGCUAUUCCUGUGGAAUCCCUUCUAAACAAACUCUACGAACUUUAUGCUGAUUAUGCUUUGAAAAAUCCUUUUUACGCCAUCGACAUGCCUAUUAGGUGUUCCAAGUUUGAGGAAGGCCUCAAAUCACUUUUAGAACGGGUAGAUAAGAACUCUAGCUCGGUUACUAUAUAA